GCGUUGCGGUUGUGUUUAUUGAGAGUUUUGUAGUAUAGUUCAUAUCUGUAUAUAUAUUUAUUUAUAUAUAUAAGUUGGGGAUCACCAUGAAGGCUUGGAUCUGGUUUACUUUUGUCGCGUGUCUCUUUGCGGCUAGCACAGAAGCUGCCUCCAACUUGGUUUGCUACUACGACUCUUCAAGUUACACGAGAGAAGGUCUGGGAAAGCUGCUCAAUCCGGAUCUGGAGAUUGGAGUGCAGUUCUGCACUCACUUGGUGUAUGGUUAUGCAGGAAUCCGUGGUGAAAACUAUCAAGCACACAGUCUAAAUGAAAACCUGGACAUAUACAAGCAUCAGUUCUCCGAGGUGACAGCCCUGAAGAGGAAGUAUCAACACCUGAAGGUUUUGCUCAGCAUUGGAGGUGAUCAUGAUAUCGAUGUGGAGCAUCCAAAUAAAUAUAUCGAACUGCUGGAGGGUGAGAAAGUACGCCAGACAGCAUUUAUACGAUCUGCUUAUGACCUGGUCAAGAACUACGGCUUUGAUGGUCUGGAUUUGGCCUAUCAAUUCCCCAAGAACAAACCCAGGAAGGUUCAUGGUGAACUGGGUUCUGCCUGGAAGAGUAUCAAGAAGCUAUUCACCGGUGAUUUCAUUGUGGAUCCUAAUGCCGCUUUGCAUAAGGAGCAGUUCACAGCUUUUGUUCGGGAUGUCAAGGAUUCCCUGAGGGCCGAUGGCUUCCUGCUUAGUUUGACUGUCCUGCCCAAUGUUAACUCUACUUGGUACUUUGACAUUCCCGCCUUGAAUGGCCUGGUGGACUUUGUGAAUCUGGCAGCCUUUGAUUUCCUGACACCUGCCCGUAAUCCUGAUGAGGCGGACUAUACAGCACCCAUUUAUCCUCCCACUUCCAAGGAUCGUCUGGGACAUUAUAAUGCAGAUUUCCAAGUGAAUUAUUGGGUUAAACAGGGUUUCCCUUCGAGCAAAAUCAACCUGGGAGUGUCCACCUAUGGCAAUGCAUGGAAAUUGAGUCAUGAUUCUGGACUUGAGGGUCUGCCAGUGGUGCCCCACACCGAAGGACCUGCCCCGGAAGGAACACAGUCUCAGAAGCCAGGAUUACUGAGUUAUGCCGAGAUCUGUGGCAAGUUGAGCAAUCCUCAGAAUCAGUAUCUUAAGGGUAAUGAUUCACCGCUGAGAAGGAUUACGGAUCCGACCAAGAAAUUUGGUACCAUUGCCUAUCGUCCGUUGAUGGACAUUACGGAGGGUAUAUGGGUGAGCUACGAUGAUCCUGAUACGGCAUCCAAUAAGGCGGCCUAUGCCAGAUCCUUAAAUCUAGGAGGCGUGGCACUCUUUGAUUUGAGUUAUGAUGAUUUCCGUGGACAGUGCACCAAUGAUAGGUAUCCCAUCCUAAGGGCAGUGAAAUAUCAUUAUUUUUCUCUCUCUAAAAUGACAAACUCUCUGUGGCUCAGCCUCGGUCUGAGCUUAGCUAUUUUGGCUCAAUUCCAAGUAAGCGCAGCUCCUAAUCUGAUCUGUUUCUAUGACUCGCAGGGCUUUCAGCGGCAGGGCCUGGCUCAGUUCUCCAUGACUGACAUGGAGCUGGCUUUGCAAUUCUGCACUCAUUUGGUCUAUGGCUAUGCCGGUGUCAAUGCCGAUAAUUAUGAGGUGCAAAGUAUAAACCGACGACUUGAUUUGGAGCAACGUCACCUGGCCCAGGUGUCCAGUUUGAAGGAACGCUAUCCCCACAUCAAGUUCCUGCUGAGUGUGGGUGGUGAUGCGGACUUGAAUGAGGGAAAUCAGUAUAUAAAGCUCUUGGAGUCGGGACAACAGGGUCACAAGCGCUUCAUUGAAUCUGCUCGGGAUUUGGUCAGACGUUACAAUUUCGAUGGCCUGGACUUGGCCCUGCAGCUGCCCAGGAAUAAGCCACGCAAGGUGCAUGGUGAUGUAGGUUCAGCCUGGAAGAGUUUCAAGAAGUUCUUCACAGGGGAUUUCAUUGUGGACACCGAUUCGGAGACGCAUAAGGGUCAGAUUACCGCCUUGGUCAAGGAUCUAAGUGCUGCUCUCAAGCAAAAUGAUUUGCUGUUGAGUCUUACUGUUUUGCCCAAUGUGAACUCGAGCUGGUACUACGAUGCCCCUUCGAUUGCCCCAAGUCUGGAUUUCAUUAACCUUGGAGCCUUUGACUUCUUGACCCCCCAACGUAAUCCCGAGGAGGCUGACUUUACAGCUCCACUAUACGAAGCCUUUGGCCAGAAUCGUUUGGGUCACUACAAUGUCAACUUCCAGUUGGAACACUGGCUGCUCCAGAGAGUGCCAGCUCAUAAGCUCAACAUUGGCAUAGCCACCUAUGGACGAUCCUGGAAGAUGACCAAGGAUUCUGGAGACUCGGGAGCACCUGUGGUUGCUGCCACCGAUGGACCAGCUCCGGCAGGAGCCCAGAGCAAGAAGGAGGGUCUCCUCAAUUGGGUCGAAAUAUGUCAACUGAUGCCCAAUCCGAGUAACACCAAUGCCAGAGGACCCAGUGCACCGGUGAAGAGGGUCCUGGAUCCUACGAAGCGUUACGGAAGCUAUGCCUUCCGUCCUGCCGAUGAUAACGGGGAUCAUGGCCUGUGGAUUAGCUACGAUGAUCCGGAUUCUGCUUCCAGCAAGGCUCAGUAUGCCAGGGUCAAGAAUCUGGGUGGUGUGGCUCUGUUCGACUUGACCCAAGAUGAUUUCCGUGGUCAAUGCACCAAUGAUCGCUUCCCCAUGCUGCGUGCCAUCAAAUUCCGACUUCUGUAG